GAUGGUCUUUGGGGCAUUGCGUUUGAGAAUAGGUUUACAUUUGAAGAAUUCUGUUCCAUCAGUUUCUCCACCCCAGCUGAGAGCUCCCUGCAUGAGAUAAAAUGUGUGGAAAGAUCUCUUUCUGCCUCCUGGUUUCCCUCCUGCUGACGGUGUCCUUGGCGGCCCCACAUGAUCAUGAGGACCAUUCAGCAGAUCACCACAAACAUCUCCACCAUGGCAAGGAUGAACCUCACCCCAGCCACGAUGGAGAUGACGACUUGUCCCGCAGACUCGCCCCUCACAAUGCUGACUUUACCUUCUCGCUCUACAAGAAGCUGGCCGCCCAUCCAGAAUACCAAGGCAAGAACAUCUUCUUCUCUCCACUGAGCAUCUCCAUGGCUCUGUCCAUGCUGGCCCUGGGAGCCAAAGGUGAAACCCACUCACAGAUCUUCAGCACCCUGGGCUACAGCCCUCUCACUCCUGAUCAGGUCAAUGAAGGUUAUGAGCACCUUCUUCACAUGCUGAGCCACAGCCAGGACACCAUGCUGCUGGAGGCAGGAAGUGCUGUAGCCGUCCGAGAAGGCUUCAAACCUCUAGACAAGUUUCUAAAGGAUGCUCAGCAUUACUACCAAGGAGAGGCCUUCAGUGUGGACUUCUCCAAACCUGAAGUCGCUGUGCAAGAAGUCAACAAGUACAUCGCCAAGAAGACCAAAGAUAUGAUCACUGACAUGGUCAAGGAACUGGACCCAGACACUGUGAUGAUGCUCAUCAACUUUAUAUAUUUCAGAGGUAAAUGGAAAAAGCCUUUUAACAUAAAAUACACUAAAAAAGCCGAGUUCCAUGUGGAUGAGAACACCACAGUGACGGUGGACAUGAUGAGUAAAGAAAGCUAUUACGAGCAUUACAGGGAUUGGAAGAAUUUCACUUCGAUCAUCAUGGUCCCCUACAAAGGCAACACUUCCAUGAUGAUUGUUCUACCUGAUGAGGGAAAAAUGGAGGAGCUGGAGAAGAACAUCAACAAGGAACACCUCAAGUACUGGCAUGACAAAUUACAUGGAAGUUAUGUGGAACUCUUCCUGCCCAAGUUCUCCAUCUCUGCCUCCUUUUCACUCGCGGACACUCUGGAGGAAAUGGGAAUAGUCAGUGCGUUCUCAGACAGUGCAGACUUCUCCGGGAUCAGUGAGGAGACCAACCUGAAGGCUUCCAAGGUCCUCCAUCAGGCCGUCCUCAAAGUUGAUGAGAAGGGCACAGAAGCUGCUGCUGCCACCACCAUAGAGAUGGUACCUUAUUCAAUCCCUCCCACCGUGAACCUCAACAGACCCUUCCUUGUCUUCAUUGUGGAGGAGAGCACCAGGAGCAUCCUCUUCAUGGGCAAGAUAACCAAUCCCACUGCAUAGAGGCAGCCAAGUCCCACCCACACCAGCAGACCGAGAUGACUGUUGAAAUGCUAUUGAAACACUUUCAUUUCAACAAACAGAAUCAAAUAAAGUCAAACUGGCUGUGUA